AAAAAAAUGGGAAAAAUUAAAAAUAAAAUAGGGAAAAAUUUAAAAUAAAAUGGGGAAAAAUUUGAAAUAAAAUGGGAAAAAAUUAAAAUAAAAUUUGGGAAAAAUUUAAGGAAAAAAUUGGGGAAAAUUUAAGAAAAAAUCGGGAAAAAUUAAAAAAAAAUUCGGGAAAAAUUAAGUUUAGAAAAUCAGGAAUGAAAAGAAAUCAAAUUCCAAGAUAAAAAAUUCCCAACCCCUCCCCCUUUUCCCGGGAUUUUUUUUUUUUCCUGGAAAAGUUGGAAUUUUCCCGAGGUUUUUUUUUUUUUUCCCCUCCCCCCACAACAUUCCCAGUAAAUAAAUUAAUUCCAAAUUUCUUGGGGAAAAAAGGGAAUUUUUCCGGGUUUUUUUGGGGAAAAAAAGGGAAUUUUGUCUUUUUUUUUGGGAAAAAAUCCCAAAAUUUUUUGGGUUUAUUUUGAGAAAAAAAAAGGAAUUUUUCCAGGUUUUUUGGGGAAAAAAAAGGGAAUUUUUCCUUCUUUUUUUUGAGGAAAAAUAAGAAUUUUGUCCUUUUUUGGGGGGGAAAAACCCCAAAAUUUUUCAGGUUUGUUUUGAGAAAAAAAAAAGGGAAUUUUUCCAGGUUUUGUCUGGGAAAAAAGGGAAUUUUCGCAGGGUUUUUUGGGAAAAAAAGGGAAAUUUUCCGAUUUUGAGAAAAAAAAGGCGAAUUUUUUCUUUUUCUUUGAGAAAAUAAAAAAGGAAUUUUUUGGAUUUAUUUUGAGAAAAGAAGGGAAUUUUUCCAGCUUUUUUGGGAAAAAAAAAGGAAUUUUUUGAGGGUUUUUUUGGGGCAAAAAAAGAAAAGUUUUUACUUUUUGGGGGAGGAUAAAAAGCAAAUUUUUCCUUUUUUUUUUUGACGAAAAAAUGAGAAUUUUUACAGUUUUCUGGGGGAAAAAAAGGUGAAAAUUCCCCCAAAAUAUCCCAAAUAUUUUAUUUUUCUUUUCCUUUUUUUCCCCCUUUCCCUCCAAAUUGGUGGAAUUUUUUCCAAUUUUUCCCGAUUUUUUUGGCAUAAAAAAAAAAUUAUUUUAAGGAUUUUUAUUUAAUUUAUUUCCUUUCCUUUCCCUGUUUUUUUUUGGGAAUUUUUUUUCCUUAAAAAAACCUCAUUUGGAUUCAAAAUUCCCAUUUUUCCUUGGAAAAAAAAUUCCAGGAAAAAAAAAAACAACCAAAAAACCCCAAAACCACCCAAAAAAAUUCCCCAAAACACCCAAAAAAACCCGGGAAAAAAAACAGGAAUGGGAAAAAUCCCAAAUAUUCCCAGAAAAAUCUGGGAAUUCUUCCCAGUUCCUCGAAAUCCAUUCAGGGGAAGGAAAAAUUGGGAAUUUUCCAAUUUUUUUUUCCUUUUUAUUCCCAAGUUUUUCUCGUUUUUUCCACUUUUUUUUGUCCUUUGGGAAUUUUUCCAGGAAUUUCCCGGAGUUUUUUUUUCCCAGGUUUUUUUUUUCCCAAAGUUUUUCCAGGAUUUUUUUUCUCUUCUUUGUUCCCAAAAUUCCUCAUUUUUCCAAGAUUUUUCCUGGAAUUUUUCCCAGAAUUUUUCCUGGAAUUUUUCCAAGGUUUUCCCAGAAUUUUUCCAAUUUUUUUCCGGAAUUUUCCCAGGGUUUUUCCUCGAAUUUUUCCCGGAAUUUUUCCAAAAUUUUUCCAAGAUUUUUCCCAGAAUUUUUCCGAAGUUUUUCCUGCAGUUUUUCCAAGGUUUUUCCUGGAAUUUUUCCCGGAAUUUUUCCAGGGUUUUCCCAGAAUUUUUCCAAGUUUUUUCUGGAAUUUUCCCAAAAUGUUUCCAAGUUUUUUUUCCCGAAUUUUUCCAAGAUUUUUCCUGGAAUUUUUCCUGGAAUUUUUCCAAGGUUUUUCCAAGAUUUUUCCUGAAAUUUUCCCGAAGUUUUUCCUGGAAUUUUUCCAAGGUUUUUCCAAGACUUUUCCUGGAUUUUUCCCCAAUAUUUUUCAAAGCUUUUUCCUGGAAUUUUCCCAGAAUUUUUCUGAAGUUUUUUCCUGGAAUUGUCCCAGAAUUUUUCCAAGGUUUUUCCGGGAAUUUUCUCCUGGAAUUUUCCCAUUUCCGGUCGUUUCCUCCACAAAUUUUUCCUUUUUUGAAUUCCAACUCUUCGUUUUUCCAGCGUUCUUUUCCAGGAUUUUUUUCCUCUUCUUCUCUCCAGGAAUUUUUUCUUUUCCAUGGAAUUUUCAGUGGAAUUUUUUGAUCUUAAAAUUCCCAAUUUUUUAUUUUAUUUUCCAUUUUUUUCUUCUUUAUUUUCCCAUUUUUUCCCCAAUUUUCUUUUUUUUCCCAAUAUUUUUUCCUGAUUUAUUUUUCCAAUUUUUUCCCCCCAAUUUUUUUUCUGAUUUUCUUUUUUCCCAAAUUUUUUUCUCCCAAAUUUUUUUUCCCCCAAAUUCUUUUUCCUCCCAAUUUUUUUUUCCCAUUUUUUUUUCCUGGGAAUUUUUUUUUCUGGGAAUUUUUUUCUUCUGGGAAUUUUUUUUCCCGAUUUUUUUUUCUCCAAAUUUUUUUUCUGGGAUUUUUUUUGUGGGAAUUUUUUUUGUUCUGGGAAUUUUUUUUUCCAAGAAUUUUCUUU